AUGCAGCUGACGCUGCCGGACGGCGUCGCUCUCACCGUCUACACCUUCACCUUCCUGCUCGGCCUUCCCGCCAACCUGCUUGUGCUCUUCGUCUACGUCCGUAAAGCUCGCAAGAGAGGCGCGACGCCCAACGUGGUCUACGCUCUGAACCUGUGCCUGGCCAACCUGGCGCUGGUGGUCUGGCUGCCCGUCAAAGCUCUGGAGACGCUGCUGCAGGACUGGAUGCUGCCGCCGCCGGUUUGUCCCGUUUACACCUUCUUCCUGUACUCGUCAUUGUACGGCAGCUGCCUCUUCAUCACCGUGGUGACGGUGGGCCGCUACCUCAGCAUCGCCUUCCCCAUCGUCUACAAGCAGUACCGCCGCGCCCGGCUAUCCUGUUUCAUCAGCGUCGCCCUGUGGACCCUGGUUCUGUUCCACCUCAGCAUCAGCCUGGUGGCCGAAGGCGGCGCCUACUUCGUCUCCACCAAAGACGAGACGUUGGCGUGCUACGACCACUUCAAUGCGUCGCAGCUGGUGGUGCUGCUGCCGCUGCGCCUGGAGAUGGCCAUCGUCUUGUUCCUGCUGCCGCUGAUUGUGACGACGUUCUGCACGUGGCGCUGCGUCACGCUGGUGUGGCGCUCGAACCUGCCCGCUGCAGGGAAGCGGAGGGUCCUGGCGGUGGCGCUGUCCACGCUGGCGGUGUUCGUGGUGUGCUACGCCCCCUACAACGCCUCGCACAUCGUGGGCUUUGUGUUGCAGACCAACGUGGAGUGGAGGACGACCGCCAUGCUGACCAGCUCCUGCAACGUCUUCCUGGAGCCCGUCGUGCUGCUGAUGCUGUCGCCAGCAAUGUCCAAGGGCAUUCUGGGAAAGAUCUGCGGGCGGCAGAGUCAGUACAGGCGGAGCGACGUGGGUCGGCCGCGAUGCAAAGCCGCCAACGGGGCUGCGACCUUUAGGGCGCCGACCGUGUCGGAGAAGAGCCGGGCGGUGGUGGAGGUGACCAAAGUGAGUCAGAGGCAACGAAUCUGA